UCUCUCUACUUAUCCUCCAUCUAUCUGAUCAACAGUCCAGCACACACAAUGAUUACUGGAAAGCGUAAAUAAAUACGGAAAGGGUUGAUUAUUUUGACUACUGGAAGAGCUUUGCUGGUUCUCUGCGCAACUUUCCUGUUUAUUCCCGAGAAGGUGAUCUCUCCCAGCGUUUCUCUCACAUGAGGAUUCUUUAAAAGAAGAAGAAAAACAGAGAAGGUGGUGGUGAGGGGGGAGAGACAAUCUUUCACUUUAAGACCGACGGGGCUCAAAGAUAAAAGGCGGGGUGGUGGUGGUGGGGGGAACCCGCCGCUAGGAAUCCGCCAGCAAGGUUCAGAGACCAGUGGUUUAAAUCCAUUUCUUGCGCUAAGCAGCCCGUUUCUCCACCGAAGUUGGCUCCAGCGCUAGCAGCCGCAUUGGAUCCCACAGCGUACUGCGAGACUCCGGUGUACAAUCCGGAUCUCUGCCCCAACAUGAUCGCGGCCCAGGCCAAGCUGGUCUACCAUCUGAAUAAGUACUACAACGAGAAAUGCCAAGCCAGGAAAGCUGCCAUUGCCAAAACGAUCCGGGAAGUCUGCAAAGUUGUUUCCGACGUGCUGAAGGAAGUGGAAGUGCAGGAGCCCCGCUUCAUCAGUUCGCUCAACGAAAUGGACAACCGUUACGAGGGCCUGGAGGUCAUCUCCCCCACCGAGUUCGAAGUGGUGCUUUACCUGAACCAAAUGGGGGUGUUCAACUUUGUGGACGACGGCUCCCUGCCCGGCUGCGCGGUGCUGAAGCUGAGCGACGGGCGCAAGAGGAGUAUGUCCCUCUGGGUGGAGUUCAUCACCGCCUCAGGCUACCUCUCAGCGCGCAAAAUCCGCUCCCGGUUUCAGACGCUGGUGGCCCAGGCCGUGGACAAAUGCAGCUACAGGGACGUGGUGAAGAUGGUUGCGGACACCAGCGAAGUGAAACUGAGAAUCCGAGAUCGGUACGUGGUGCAGAUCACCCCGGCUUUCAAAUGCACUGGGAUCUGGCCAAGGAGUGCUGCCCACUGGCCACUUCCCCACAUCCCCUGGCCGGGACCCAAUCGGGUGGCGGAGGUCAAGGCGGAAGGGUUCAAUCUCUUGUCCAAGGAGUGCCACUCCCUGGCCGGCAAGCAGAGCUCCGCAGAGAGCGACGCAUGGGUGCUGCAGUUCGCGGAAGCGGAGAACAGACUGCAGAUGGGGGGCUGCCGAAAGAAAUGCCUCUCCAUCCUCAAAACCUUGCGGGAUCGCCACCUAGAACUGCCCGGCCAGCCCCUGAACAAUUAUCACAUGAAAACUUUGGUUUCCUACGAGUGUGAAAAGCAUCCCCGGGAGUCGGACUGGGAUGAAUCUUGCCUGGGUGAUCGGCUUAACGGGAUUUUGCUUCAACUCAUCUCCUGCCUGCAGUGCCGGCGGUGUCCGCACUAUUUCUUACCGAACUUAGAUCUGUUUCAAGGCAAACCUCACUCGGCUCUGGAGAAUGCCGCCAAGCAAACGUGGCGUCUGGCGAGAGAGAUCCUAACUAACCCGAAAAGUUUGGAAAAACUUUAGAGGACAGUUAAAAAAAAACCCAGAACCGAAAUGUGACUGCUCUUCACCAAGUUCUACUUAAACGUAAACCUCUCACCUUCCCCGCUUUGAUUCCUGAUACCCCCAAACUGCAAACGAUCUCUUCCUUCAAAAGGAAGAAUAAUAUAAUGUUUAGGCAUCAUCUCAUCCACCCCUCCAAGGGGAGGAAAAGAAGCAGAGGAAGGGGAUGGAGCAAACCUCAAACCCACAAGUAUUAGAAGGUUGCUUUACAAAGGAUUUCAUCUCUCUUGAAAAGUACACAAUAACACCAGAAACACAACCGAGCUGUAAUGCAAGACCAGACUGAACCCUCCAACUAUCAAAGGAUUAUAGCAAUCCUGGUGAUCUAGGUGCAUCUGUCUGUGAGUAAACAUCGAUUUGGAGAUUUGGCUAUGCCACUGAAGAAAAGUGUAAUGUAUAUUUUGAUUUGUAACAAAUAUUGUGAUCUCACAUUUGUCUUUGAAAGUGUGAUGUUUGGUGUUUUGUGAUUUGGUGAGAAGUCAAAUUGCCAUUUUUU